GAGAGAAAGAGGGAGGGAGGGAGAGAGGAUGCUGAAGAAUGAAGGGACACUGAAAAGAUAGGCAAAGAGAUAGAGAGACGAGGAAUGAUUCCCAACUAUCAAUAGACUCCUUUGACAGAGCUUCACUAAUUUGCAAGGAAUGCAUGACUAAUACAGUCUAAAUAGAUACUUUUGAUUCUCUAACAUUACAUUUAAAAGGAUCAGUACAAAUACUUUUGAGAGACUGCUGUGGAAACCUUUCCUAAGGUGUUUUUCGAUAUCUGAAUAUUUUCUUCAGAUGAGAAAUAUCAUUUGAUUUUGAAUGAGUGUAUGACUUUUCACUUGGAUUUAGCAUUUCAUUUUCACAUUUUUUUUCUCUGUAAUUUUGGUAACUUCCUGCAAGCUAACGUUUAGCAAGUUAUUAUGCUAUCGCAGACAAUGCUGGAGUUAUCUGGCUAGCUGCUGUAGAUAAUCCAGUUUCCUGUCAAGCCACAUUUUUAUAUUUUCAUUUUAUGGCAUAUUGGAAAAUUCAUCUUCAGAUUUGUCAUAUUGAAGAAUGGAACAGCUUUGAAGGAAAUUAUUGACGUCAUCUUGACUUUAUUUUUGGCUUGGUACAGGCUGUCGCUAUUACAUCUGACCAACUCCUUUUUGCUUGCGCUUUUUAACUAUGGACAGUUCCCACCCCCUUUUAGAUAGUCAGAUCUGUUGGUGUGUUAUAUUAUUUUAGAUAUAAUACUUACAAAAUGGAUCAAAGGGUUCGCCAACAAGGGCAGCAUUAAGCUUGAUGUCGAGCUCAUCCUGAGAAGAAAACAUACAUUUGAAGACAGCCAAUGGUAAUCAACACAUACAGUCGGAAUGAAAGAAGAAGCUGACUGGAUUCAUAAUUUCUUCCACUGUGCUCUGCCUUUCUGUCGCUUUGUGUCUGACAGAAUAACGCUCCACUGGAUAAAGACUUAAUUGGAUCCAAACCGACAUCCAGAACAAUAAACAACCAGAAUAAAUACAAAUGUAGAAAUGCUGGAAAAAGAGUGGGAGAGGAAAUGAGCUAAGAACAGUAACUCUGUGGACAUAACAACUGGACAUAUUUUUUCAGUACUUUUCUUUUCGAAAUCUGGUUGGGAUAUUUCAAUUUGCGAUAAUGCUCUUUUCAUUGCUUUUAUCACAUUGAGCUUUGGACAAGCUUAUUUUUGUUGAACAGAAAGAUUAUGCUUGAGUAUUUUACAUUAAACGAAAAGCAAAAAUUGGAAUUUUACAUUUCUGUUUUUUUUUUUGCCAUGUUCCUCCCAAAGCUAGAUGCCCUGCUUCCUGCACAUUCUGAUGUUUUUUAAGCAAUUUUUUUGUGAAUUAGUAAAUCUGACAAAUUCACAAUUCACUCUUCAAACUUCUACCGUUCAUCCCACCAACCCCUCCCACCGUCAGCAAUUCGGCCAAUCAUGGGAAAGCCUCUAAGCCGUCCUGGGUGUUUCAGGAAGAGCUCCUGCUGCCUGGAAAAACAUGGAGCUGGAGAUGGGGGAGUGGGAGGGCGGGCUGCGACAGUGGACGGCGGUUAUGGAGAUGGCUACGUACCCCAAAGAUCCAUCUACGAUACCAUGUGCAUCAAUCAGCAGAUUGACAGCCAUCACCAUCACUCUGGAGGAUCCAUAAGGAGAGACGGUGGAAAUGAAGGGAGUUUUAGCUACUCUGCAAGUGGCUCUCUGAGGGUGAGCAGGUCUCCAGCUGACAUGUUUGAUUCCCAGCCCCGCUCUCUAACUCCCAACCCCUCAUUUGUUCGGCGACUGGAUGAAAGAGCCAUCUUUGAUUCAUUGAAGCUCGGUGGUCAGGAUGUUGAUGGUGUCGGCUGCCAUUCGCCAGGAUGUUUCAACCGAUCAGUUUCUCCUUCAAUGUCAUCUUUUUCAGCACCCGGAGUGUCGUCUUCCUCAUCCAAAAAGCACCACCAUCACCCCCACCAUCACCAUGGAGACAGUGCAAAGAGUAGAGAUGGUCGACAUUCCUGGAAAGUCAUGACACCUCCAACACAGAUGGAGUGUAUGGAGUAUACUACAACUGAGAUGAUGGACAGAGGAGGUGGGUAUCUAAACCCAGGGCAAUACCCUCCCCCUGGGGGCCAGUCCUCUUCUCUUACUUCCCCCCUAAUUUCCCCCUUUUCCGGCUCACCUCUCUCCUCAGGUUACCAUACUCCAGUUUUCUUCUCCCCUGCCAAACCUCGACCCAGUCAGUCUCAGAGUUUGCGAUGUUCCCCUCCCCAUGUCAUCCAGCCGAGGCAUUACUCGCAAACACAGAGCCUCAGAAUGUCGCCACCCCUCGAGGUAAGGCGAUCCCCCUACCGCGCCCCGCUGGUCCAACUAUCUGCUCAUGACCUCGAGCAGGAAAUGAGGGAUCGAGGAGGAGGGUGGAGAAAUGAGCGAGAAAGGGACUGGGAGCGGGAGAGAGAAAGGGAGAUGGAGCGAGGGUGGGCCCAAAGAGAGUGGGAACGAGAGAGGGAGAGGGGGAGAGUGGAGAGGGAGAGGGCAAGAGAAAGGGAGAGGAGGGAAACAUCGUCCUUUGGGACCUUCGGGUAUGGUCGACCCGUACCUUUGCGUUCUGACAGAGACUCUGUGUUUUUAGAGCCUGACCAGGUUUUAGACACAACACCCCUGUUGCUUCCCCAGCCUUCACCUUCCCCUUCACCUUCCCCCAAUGCCCCCAGAAUGGGGACUGCCGCUGUGGGCAGGAAUAGAGCUGGGUCAAAAGUUGGAUCUGAAGGUAUAGGUGGGGGUAUGGUUUCAAAGUAUGACAAUGGGAGUGUGGGUUUGGUGUUAAUUGACAGCAAAUCUGGGUAUGGGCCGAGGUUAGUAAAUGAAGUUGGGAACAUGUCAGAGGCCGAAAUAAGGGCUGCAAUAAAAGAACACCAUAGAGCUGAAAGUUGGAACCAGCAUGACCACGGAUCCAGGGCUAGUGUUAAAAAUGGGUCUGAAAAAAGAAUGGGCUCCCAGGUGAAAACUAGACCAGGGGGACGGGAUCUAGAAGGAAAGGUGCAGUCUGGGGUAGGGAUCGAAAAUAUGGCUCCAACUGUGAACAAGGAGGGACACAAGGGAGGGACAAGGAGUGGAGAAAUAAAUGGAAGGGGUGGGGCUAAACAAGAACCUAUUGCUGAGUCUACACCAUCUGAGAACAGGUUUGAGCCUCGAAAUAAUGUUGAGCUGGUAGCUGAACCUGGUACAGGGAUGAAGCCAGAGAUCGAGGCAGAGGUUGAGGUUAGAGCUAUUUCAAGGCAAGUGGACAACUUGAUUGGUAAUGAAGUUGAGGGUGUAGCAACAGUUAAUAGUGAGGUUGGUUCACUAGCAGAGCCCACAGUAGAAGCUGAAAUUAAACCAGAAGUUAAGAUGGCCCCAUCUGAGCCUGAGGCAGUACUACAGACUGGGGUUGGUAAGGAAACAGGGACUAAACGUAACAUCGAGACUGGGGUUGCUUGUCAAACCCAGAGCAGCAACGAGAUUACAGAUAAAGCCCAGAUAAAUGUUGUUGCUGGGGAUAAAACGGAGAAUGCUCCUGUAGAGCAAGAUGAGAAAAAGCCCUUGGACAUUGAUAACAUUGAAUCUAGCCAUGUAGAGAAAUGUUCCAGGUCCCGCAAGUCCAAAUCCUCCAAAUCAACAUCUAGGACUCGACCUGGCACGGCAACAGGGAUCCGUCCAGGCGUUGUCAGCCCUUGCCUAAGCAGAGGGUUUCCGGACCUUGAGCAAACAAGCCCUGCUGAGGGCAUUGAGUCAACUUGGCCACGCCGAAUUAUUGUCAGAAAGAGGACUGUUCGGCAGGGUGGGGCACUCCACAAUCUCCCUAUUCUCCCCCCACUCCCCUCUGUCCUCUCAGCACUGGAGAAGAGGCAUCCGCAUGUUCACCUCCUCCCUCGUCCAGGACACUAUUCAGAGAAUCCGCUAACAACACUCAUGAAUGCUACAAGUAUCAUGGGACGAUGCUCACUUAAAGAGCCAUCCCACCAAGAUCCAGGACAGAGCACCAGUUUGGUGGGCAGAGCUUCCCUGAAGGAGCAGAACUUGGAGCACUGGAGGGUCUGCAGAGAGCAAGAGGAACCCAAGAGGUCCAGAAGCAAGGAGAAACAAGCAGAGCUAAGCAAGGGUAAGACUGAGAUCGAGGAGAUGAAGGGAAAAGAAGAGAAGCGAGACAAGGAGAGGGGGGAAGAGAAAGACAAAAAGAAGGAGAAAGUGGGUAAGGAGAAAGAGAGGGUUCCUGUCAGUGUGGGGCUAGUAGAGGAAACCAAACGAGAAAAGUCAGAGAGAAGGGUUGUAGAGAAAGUGCCAGAAGAUUGGAACAUAAAGGAACGUGUGAUAAAGGAACGUGUGAAAAAGGAAAGAGAUAUAGAAAUAAUUUGUCUAAAAAAGGAGGAUAAGGGAAUGGAGACUAAAGAUGCAAUACAAGGGCAGCAUGGAAAAGAGUUCAAGCAGGUUGUGACAAAAUCAAAGAAAGAAGAAAGUGAGGUAAAGGGAGGAGAAGAAGAAGGAGGCCCUUUGGGAGAGGAAGAAGGUUGGGACACUGUCCUGGACAUGGUCAACACUUUGUGGGAGGAUGGCUGGGAGAAAGGAGGAGCGGGUGGAGGGGAUGAUACAGAUUCCUUUUCUGGCUCCCUUCCGCGUUGGCCUCUUCUUCGACCCCCGAUGGGUUUUGGGGGCUCUCACCCCCCCUCCUCUGCAGCUUCGGAGCUCAGCCUGACUGAGUUGGAGCGGAGAGCCAGGGAGCUGGACUCUGACCUGGAGCACCUAGACCUGUCCCAACCACACAGGGACACCCAGGAUGUAUACCAACCACUGCUGGAGCCACAGAGGGAACGAGCUGACAUGUACCAAACACACCCAGGGCCGCAGAGAGAUAAAGCUGCUCUCAUGACAGGUACAGGGAGCAGAUCCCAUAUCAGUUUGGAGCUCACUGCUAUGGCUUCACCAACUACAGACACAGAAAGACCUUCUGACUGGUCAACUAAACCUGCUGGGACUUCCACUGUUGGUACAAGCUCCACUAAGGAGGACAGCUCUCCAGACUCCAACCUGACACUGGAGUCCGACUCCAGCGGCGUCUUCCUCUCCUUAUCCAAUCAGAGCCAGGAGGAGGCCGGCUCUGACAGCGACCAGCCAAUCAGUGGCUCUGACCUAGGCAGCAGCAGCACGUCACUGGAAAAGGACGGGGAGGACGGAGGGUCAAAGGAAUGGGGGAGGGAGGAGAGUGCAGAGCUACAGUGGUGCUACCCUACACUAUUCAAUACAUCCUUGCAAGAAGACAUAGAAGGAGAUAGGGACCAAGAGGAAGCUGGGUAUGGAAAUAUGGGGACAUAUGAAAGGGGAGGGAAAGAUGGAAAUGUAAGAAGGGGUUGGUAGGAUAGGCACGGUUUCAAUCAUGAAGACCCAUCUCAACUAUACAGACAACGAGGGCUCCACAACUUUUAUGGCCCCACAAAGUGAAGAAAUACCGCCCAGGAAAAGAGUGACCCUCAUGGGAGGUGACAUUCCUCUUCCUCUGUCUCCCUUAAAACAACCAAUCAAACCCUUUCUAGAUCCAAAUCAGAUGCCAAUAAGAAGCUCAGGACUGGACUGUGGUGACAUAGAUCCCUUUGUUCAAUCGGACAGCUUUGUUUACCUCGCUGUGUCUGCAAAACCCGCCUCCCAGGGGGAAGUCGCCACAAAGACAGAAGUUCCCACCCAUGGUAUAAAACAAGGCAGUGUACAAAAGCGUUCAAAUAGCGUGAAAACACACUUUGACCAGUCAAAUACAGAAUGGCGGACCAAGCCAACUCAACUUGGUCCACAAAAACCAGAGGAAGGAGACUUUCUGUGCACUGACAGCUUUGUGUACCUGGCUGCUCCGGCCUGCCACCUAUUGGGCCCCACAGGAACUGCACCCUACAGCGGCAGGGAGUCCGACUCGGAGAGUUCAGGAUCUGGCCCUGGUGACAUGUCAGUUCUGGGUUGUGGCUCGGUGGCAGGGGACAGUGACUGGGACUCAGACCUGUCUGACUCUGAUCCCAGUCGCCCCCCCAGGAUCUCUUCUGCUGGAAACAGAGCUGCCGCCGCAUCACGAUCAGAGCUGCACGCUGAACCGGGCUGGGACUUAUUCGGAGAUACCACAGAGCCUGAAGUGCUGAGUGAGCUUUUCACGGAACAGGAUAAAAACAACAAUGGUAAAGCAAUGAAGGUUACCGGGGUAACCAGCAGCCUGGAAGAUUCAACGACCAUUCCCAUGGCAACUCAGCGUGUCACUUCGCCAGUGAAACGGUCGACAACAGUGGAGCAGGCGUCAACAAAGGUGACAUGGCAGUUUAGACCUGCCCAGAGGUCAGUCUGCACAGGAAGUAGAAAAGAGAAAGAGAAGGAAAUGACGUCAUCGUCAUCAGUAAUGUUCACGGAACUGAGAGGAGAAGAGACCCAUAGAGGCUCCCCUUCAUCUUCAUCGUCUUCAUCAUCGUCAUCAUCUUCUGGUUGAUUUGUAAAGGAAAAUGAUUUUUUACCACCACUUGGGAAGAGCUGUGUUGCCAAAAGAUAGAAAAUAUCUUUAAUUUGUUCUGUUGAAACCAACAGAGGACAGAAUUUCUGUACAGAUUUAUUUGCCUGUAAUUAGUUUUUAAUGUUGCUUCUAGUUGCUGCCAUUGCCUUCUAAUGACUUACUAAAGGCUGCUUAAAAGACUAGUUAAUUGUUGCCUUUUCUUAUGUUAACAGUCCUUCACAAUAUCAUUAUAAUCUGUUCAAGUUUAAAGCGAUGUGAGAUUCUGAACUUCAGGUUGAGAUAAUGAGGAAAAAUGGCCACUGAUAGAACCCUUAUAUAAUUUAAGCACUAUGUUUAUUCGAAUGGAGUUGAUCAGAAAUCUAAACAUGUUGAUUUAGAAGUUACAUGUACACAUUAUUCUCAAUCUAAAUAAGAAAUAUAUAUAGUUAUGUGCGGGUUUAUUCUGGUGAAUGUAUUGUACAGGGUACACACAACUACCAGGAAAAACACAAUUCACAUAUGAGGCGUUCUCAUGAUGUUGCUUGGUCGCAAUAACACAAACGCUUACAGCUGGACAAAAUAACUAAUGCCAGACCAUACCCUUCUGUUAUCUUUUUUAUAAAGAUUUAACAAUAUAAACGUGUCUCAGGCCUUAUAUUACAAUAUAUCUUCUUCCCUAUGUAAUGCCUCACUUUAACACCUGCUUAUACUUCAUAUAAUAUUAAAAAAAAUGGACUUUUAAAAACUGUCAAAGGUCAAACUUUACAAUGUACAAUGUAUUUUAUAAUCACAUCCAACUUUAACAACAGUGUAUUUAACAGUGUGUUAAUAAUAUAUUUUGAAAGAAAAUUAUAGAGUGAAAUAUAGAGUGAUCAAUUAUACAUAUAUAUACAGUAUAUGAUGAAUGUGCAACAAAUAAUGAAAGGAUUUAGUGAUAACAUUUAAUUUAAAUGUUUUAUUAAUCAAUUAGGUUAAAAAUUGUGAAUGUAAUAUUUGAGCAAUAUGCUUAUGGGUUCAUGCUAUAUUAUAUGUUUCAUAUGUGGAAAGUGUUGUGCAUAAAAAUGGCUGAGUUUAAUUUAAUUUAUACCGCCAACUACUGCAGUAUUACACUUAAGUAGAGGUUCUAUGUGGAACACUUUCAAACAUCAAUUUAUUAUCAGGUAUCAUGGUAUAAUUUCCAUAAACAAUGGAACAAGGUAGAGAUGAUUGAUAGCAUUUGCCUCACACCGGUGGUAUUUUUAUUGCGAGUGACUUUAUCCCCCAUAAUCCUCUUUGCUUCUCCCACACCUCCAAGACAUCUUUAGCUUUGCGGAAUUGGAUAAACAAAAAUGUGUUCCCUUUUAUUCCCAUCAAUCAAUUGUCUAUGGUUGUGCUGCAAAUGAAGCAAUCCAGAAUCCUAUGUUGCUGUAAACUGCAGUGUGGAGACUGAUUAAGCUGCCAAUAGGCACUGAUGUUAAAGGUUCACUUUAAUAAGUUUCAACCCUAACCCUUGCUUUUGUCUCUACGUGACUAAUGGGGACAACAUAUUUUAAAACUAGUCUAGUAUUGAGCCAGAGCGCUGUAAUGUAAUUGCUCGGGAUAAUCACGCUUAAUUAAAAUGUUCUUUUUACCUUUCGUCCGAAAAGGUCUGUUUGUUAUUGUGUCUAACAUGGUCUCAUUCAAGAGGAAGUCUCCUUCUGAAAUCUUGCCACAGAGGUGUCUUUAGUCUUGUAGAAAACAGUAGAAAUGUGAGUGAGUCAUAGAGAGGAGAGCUGGGAGGGGUCUGUUCUGUUGGAGUGAGGGCUGUACCAUAUGGAGAAAAUAUCACAAUAUAUUUAUAUAAUGAUAUACUUGAAAUGACCAUCUCUAAUGUGGAUUUAAUCACCAAGGGCCUACGUCUACAUAGCGUCUUUUUCUGAGCACCUGUGUCUUUUUUUUCUGUGCUUGGAAUAGAGAUCGGCUGGCGGACACUAUGUUGCUGCCAGUGAGUGUUUUACUUGUAUUGCCGUAUGUCCAUAGCUCCUUGCUCUACGGCUGUCAGACUGAGCACUGAAGCUUAUUCAUACAACGUUUUAGAGUAAGAUUCUCUCGAGUAGUGUUCAUGGUGAAAAAAUAGAAGUCAAACCAAUAUAUAGCUUCUUAAAAACCAGAAAAGACAACACUUUACGAUAUCCCAAAAAUCAGCUCUUUAUCAAUAUAGCCGACAUAUAUAUAUCUGAUGUACCUUUUUCUUAAACAACACAUACAGUGUCAAAGACGAAAAAAACAGGUGUGCAGGUUGUCCAUUUUGUUUACCCCCCCCCCUUACAGGUACCGAUAAUUUCAAGUCAGACAAAAAACCUUUAAUUCUUCUGUUAGAUCCUUUUCUCUGUAGGUGAUGUUGUUGGAUACUUAUAAUAACAAGUAAUAAUAUAAUAUCAAACUGUUGGUGGCAGAAAAACAAGCACUUGUAUCAGACAUACAUUGAUGGUAGUAUAUAUGUUGCGUAAUUGCAUAGAAGCCUGUUUGGCAGCUACCUGCUGCAGCGCAAAUGACCAAUACUAGCCACUUAACUAACUAAACUUAGACUUGUGAAAGAAUCUUAAAAGUAACCCUUUAAAAUGACACACGUGUACACCUUUAAAAAAAGAGCACAGUGAUAUCAGAUUUAUCAUCCUAUUAUAAAUGCCAUAAAGGGAACGUGGUAGGUUGACGAACUUUCAUCAAUAAAAAUCCUUGUUACAAUGGUAUAUGGUUAUGAAAGACUGCGGGGGAAGUUUUGACCUGGCACAAAUGGAUUCCUUAGCAUGAAUAGUCGUGCCAUUUAGUCGUGCUCAUGAAUUUCAAAUUGGUCAUUGAAGGUUACUGAUAAUUCCGAGUUGAGUAAAUGUGUCUUUAUGUGUGUUUGUGUUGAGUGAAUAUAUUGUGGGGAUAAUGCAGCCAUAUUUCUUGAUUGUGAUUGAUGGGCGGGGGUGGGUUUUUUUUGUCUUGUUUUUUUCCGCAAAUUAAGAAGUGUUGCCUUGUGCAGCUUAAACUGCCAUUAUGAACCUUGAAAUGCUCCGCCAGUCCUUAUUCUUGAUGGUGAUGCUCUGUGUAAACCAAUUGGAUUUAGUGGAGCCCUAAAUGUCUGCUUUAGUGAUGGAUUCAUUAUAUAUAUAAUUUGAUAUCAUCUGAUGCUUUUGAGCACAGAUUGACAAGCACAGCCAUGAAUGAAUAACAUGCUUUUAUUAGCAUGCAAUGUAUUUUUAAAGUUGCAAGAUUGACAGGUUUUCUUAAGUGUUAACCAGUUCUGUACUCAUGACUGAUGCAGGUUUAAAAUGACUACAGCCUCUGACCAUUGUAACUUUUUUGUUGAGGCUUUUAAACUACAUUUGUUAAUAUUCUUAUAAAAUCCAAUAGCACCCCAAAAUGCUGUUGAAAGUCGGCGGUUUUAAAACACGAAAAGUGAGCUGUAAGGCAUUUUAGCACACAUUUGCUAAUGGGGCCACGAUAAGCUCCCAUUGCAGGAGAAACCAAGCAGUACUCCUGUGCUUUUUCUUUCUUUAUUUCAUGUGUGGUUAUUUGAUUAAACACACGUGUGCAGAAAUGUGUAAAUAAGUCAAUUGUUCUGGUAUAAAAUAAAUAAAUAGUCAUUUCGAUAUGAUGAUUUUGGAUCACGAAUAAGCUAAUAAAGCAGGAUCUACUUAAUUUGAUAUUAUACUUAAGUGGUGCCAAUAUACAUUGAAUCAUUUGCUAACUUUGUUGGUAAUUCAGCCUAGUAUUUUGGGAUCUCCGAUGGCAAUAUUUUCAUAUAGGAAAGAUUGCAUUGGAAUAAGACUGUAUGAGCCAGUAUUCCCCUGCAGGCCCUUCAGUGGGGCCUCAGGCAGUUUCUUGGUGGUUUUCUGCCAGCUCCAGCAUCUUGAUACAGUCAUGUAUGUGGAUCUGUGCUGUUUAUUUGAUGAAGGAAUGGGGCCGAGCAUUUAUAAAAACUACCUUUACAGGUUUGAUAAUCCACACUGCUUAUAGUGUCUGGCUGAAAAUUCAUUCGGAAAAGGCUGUUUAUAUGAAAUGUAACCUGUGUUCUCUAUUACGCUGUCUCUAUGCUGUGUAGCACAACCUGGUUUCUAUUGGAAAAACUGCUUUUUCUAACCCUGCUGCUUUACAUGUCUGAUGGAAGGAAUGUUUGUCUUAGUAACUAGAUUUUAGAGCUCACACAUUGGACCAAAUGAGAGGAGGAGCCAGAUAGUUGUACACUAUUCAAUAAAAUAAUCUUUGAUUUUCGCUAGCAUUAAACUGUGGCAAGUCAUCUAGUUUCACUGUGAAAUAUUAAGGGUAAAUUACCAUCACUGACUUUUGUAAAAUUCAGUAUAAUCAGGCCAUACGUGUAAUACUUUGCUCUUCAUGUAAACGCUGAUCACUGUUAAAGCUUAGUGGUGAUGAAUAAGUGAAGAUUUUUAAGGGGAUAAGGUGGAUUUAUGUGAAAUCUAAUUGUUUGCCAUAUUGCCAAGCCUUGUUGAAAUGCAUUAAUGUACAAAUAAAGAUUAAACUCGAUGGUGGAAUGUGA